GCCCAGGACGAAUGAAAGCUGAAAAGGAAUGGACUUAUUGUUUGAUGCUCGCGAGAACUAGAUGGAGGUUGCUGUUGAAGUCCUGUACAUGGGCGUCUUCCUUGCUCUAUCCUCAUCUUCGCUUCACAGCUUGCUGCGCAGAUCAAGCGCCCGAGUCACGUCUGACAACCAGUUUCUUCAUCGACAUCGACAUCUCAGCAUCACAUCUGGUAGUCCUGUUAUCAAGCAAGCCCGCAUUUCUAUCGUUCUUCACUCACCCUUAUCUCCAUCGCCAGCAAGAAUUAUCUCUGAGACUCGGAGACAUCUACUCGACUCCACCGCGUUGUCUUCUCUAGCAUGUGUCUCGCAAAUUACCUCAGCAAGCAGUUCCCGUAUCUCUGCAAACAUUCCCCGGUUGACAACCAUUUACAAGUAUCGAUACCUCAAUGACUCAACCAUCGAGCAGGAACGCAUUAGGACUACUUGGAUUCUUGAACAUCUUUUCCUCGUGCAAAUCAGAAGACAGCAUCAACUUUCGACUGCCUACUGGACUUCAGGAAGCUGUCAAGCGCCAUCCUUAUCCGAGGGUCUAUGCACUACUGAAGAAGACUCUUCUCCUUCCACGCUUC